AAUGGCCAUGGUGAGGGGAUUGCAUGGCAGGCAUCCUGCCACACACAAGCUGUUUGCAAUUGACAGUGACACCACACAGCAGCAGCAGCAGCACACAGUCAGGUCGGCUCCAGUCUAUGCAGCUGAAACUACAACUCCCAGGAUUCCCUGCGGCUGGGAUCCGGAGGUUGCAGAGUGCAGCAGUGAGGUGGGGAAUGCAAAGUCCAUCGUGAGCUGCAAGUGUGAGUGCAUGUGCGUAUAAUGCAGCACUUUACAGAGCCCCAUCAUACCAUCACUGCCACAGUGGAGCUGGAGCGGAGAAGUUUCCCAUCGGCUUCUAGCUACCAUUUAUCAACAAUCCCUGGGAGGAGAGCAAUGUCUGAGCUACCAAGCCUGGAUCAGGCCCCAGAAGAUGUGGAAACUGAUGAUUGCCUCGCAUCCUACAACUAUCUCUAUAGCCCCUCUCUCCUCCAGGACAGGGUGGCCCUCAUUACCGGAGGGGGUUCAGGGAUUGGAUUCCGUAUUGCUGAAGUAUUCAUGAGGCAUGGAUGUGACAUGGUUAUUGUGAGCAGGAACCUGCAGAGGGUGACAGAGGCAGCGGAGAAGUUACGUUCCGCCACGGGCCGACGCUGUCUUGCGCUGUCAGCGGAUGUGCGACAGCCAGAGAGCUUGAAUAAGGCCGUAGAGGAGGCUCUGAGGACAUUCUCACGAAUAGAUAUCCUUGUGAACAAUGCUGCUGGGAAUUUUCUCUGCCCUGCCAGCUCCUUAUCGUUUAAUGCCUUUAAGGUCGUUCUCGACAUAGACACAAUGGGAACAUUCAAUGCCAGCAAGAUCUUGUUUGAGCGCUUCUUUCGGGACAAUGGUGGCGUCAUUAUAAACAUCACAGCUACACUGAGCUACAAGGGACAAGCCCUGCAAAUGCAUGCGGGCAGUGCCAAGGCAGCUAUAGACGCCAUGACCAAGCACCUGGCAGUGGAGUGGGGCCCCAGCAAGGUGCGGGUGAACGGCCUGGCUCCGGGGCCCAUCUCUGGCACAGAGGGGAUGCGCAGACUGGGUGGGGCUGCCGCAGAGGUUGCCGGAGUAUGGAACACUAUACCCUUACAACGGAUGGGCAAUAAGACUGAGAUCGCACACGGAGCUCUAUUCUUGGCCAGCCCGUUGGCAUCCUACGUGACUGGCACAACCCUGGUGAUGGAUGGUGGAUCCUGGAUGACAUCUGCCAAUCAUCUGUCAGCAUCGCUGGGUAGCCCUCCUUCUGCUCACCUCUAGAUCUCUGGUCUUCUGAAAAGAAGAAAAGCAAGUAACAAGUGCGGCAUUUGAUCAACAGUAAUUGCUCUGAAUCAUACCUUCCUUCCAUCCCCAGUUGGUGCAGUUUUCCGUGUUGACGGACACAGUGGUGGCAUAUCCUGAUGUGACUGCGGAGGCUGCAUUUCAGUGUGGGGGAUGUGUUAUAGCUUUUUACAAAACAUGAACAAUUGUUAAUAAUUAAAGUUGUAUAUUUCA